AUGGAGUCUUAUUUUCCAGUAAUUAAGAACAAUUGUGUAAAAGAAUAUGAUAGUUUCAAUAUUUUAAAAGACUAUGAUAUUUUAAAUUUAACAAUAAACUUCACCGUGGAUUAUGAAGCUGAAGAUGAAGGUUUACGAUUGCAAUUUGCUUACAAAGUCGGAGAAUUUUUGACGCAUUAUUACACACCAUUUCUGGUGUUUGCAGGAGGUUUUGGAAAUAUUUUAUCCGUGAUAGUGUUUUUUAGGACUAAAUUAAGAAUGUUGUCAUCAAGUUACUAUUUAGCAGCACUAGGAAUAAGUGAUACAUGCUUUUUGCUCGGAGCUUUCAUAUCUUGGCUAAACUACAUCGACAUCAGCAUUUAUAAUAAAAAUUACUUCUGUCAAUUUUUCACUUAUUUGUGCAGUCUGUGCAGCUUUUUAUCAGCAUGGUUUGUGGUUGCUUUCACAGUGGAAAGAUUUAUUGCUGUACUUUAUCCAUUGAAAAGACAUUUGUGUACAAUUAAAAGAGCUUGCACAGUGCUUUUUAUUUUAUUUAUAAUUGGAUGCUUUUUAAAUAUUCCAACUUUUAUCUAUGCCGCCCCCUUAUAUUCUGAAUAUCUGAACGAUUCUAUUUGUGAUGUGAGGCCGGAAAACAAGAUGAAAAUAUUCAAUUACAUCGACACGGUCAUUGUUUUUGUGAUUCCUUUUUCUAUAAUUGCUGUGCUUAACAUUCUUACUGCAAAAGCAGUGUGGAAAGUAUCAGGUGUGAGACGAAUUGUAACUGUGAAGAAAAGACUUCUUCAAUCUCAUCACAAAUCAAAGUAA